AUGACUCAUAUAGAAAAUCAUGAAGAUAUAGAAAUGAAAUUGUUAACUGGUCAUAGUGAUAUUUAUUCAGGUGUCACUGUUGAUAAGAAACUUUUAGCUAAAACAUCAACUCAAUUUGAACGACAAUUAGAACAAUCAUUAGAAGCAUGGCGUCAAGAAAAACGUCGAGGAAUAUGGCUUUCAAUAC